UUUUUUUUUUUUUUUUUUUGCAUGACAUAGACAAAACUUUUCGCUGUGAUUACCUGCCUACUUCCUUGGGUACAUCAGACAUUCGAUACACUACCUAGACUAAGCCAACAACUCACCACGCCAUAUGACUACUGACCCGGUCUAGUCUGCGUUUAUUUUCAACCCGAGCCAGCGUGCUACACCCUCGAGACACUCCCGCCGCUCCCCGUGCGCAUUUUUACUUCUUGUUACCCCGUUUGCCGACAAUCAAUAAAUCGACGUUGUUUGCCGAUCCUUGCCAGCACGCCUCGUCGAAAUCCGCAGCCCACCCCCGUCUGCGAGGCUCGGACCCAGCGCGCCACAGAUCAUGCAGGAUUUACAGGGCGCCAUAAUACCCGCGGUCGCUAGGGCUGCCAAAGACAUAUUUUCUCCCGACGUCCAAGCAACUGCCAAAGCAGCCAUCUCGACAGCUUUAUCUGCCAGUCUCACAGCGAGCACGAACCCGACCGCGACGAUGGCCGCUCCAACGGCAACGGCGAUGGGCAGACCGCAUGACGGGCCGGAGGGCUCGGGAGAAUGCCGGCUAUUGGGGCCUUUCGCCGUUUUGGUGCAGCUGGCACUUGGUGGUUUGGCCCUACUCGUGCUGGUGUACAAGAGGUGGAAAGAGAGGCCGCAACGACCGGUCAAGAUCUGGUUCUUUGACGCGUCGAAGCAGGUCUUCGGCUCGGUCUUGGUGCACGGCGGCAACGUCUUCAUGUCAAUGUUGACCUCUGGCCGUCUGUCCAUCAAGAUGGACCCUACUGCGGCUGUGGCUGCUAGAAGAUGGCUGAUACCUCGGGCCCAUGGUGUUGAUGCAGACAAGUACAUGCCAAAUCCGUGCUCGUUCUAUCUGCUAAACUUGGCCAUUGACACAACAAUCGGAAUACCCAUCCUUAUCCUUCUCGUGCGACUGACAACUUUUUUUGUUUCCCACACGCCACUGGGUAAGCCUGCCGAGUCGAUACAGUCGGGCUUCUACGGCAAUCCUCCCAAGUGGCAAUGGUGGCUCAAACAGAGCAUAAUAUACUUCUGUGGACUAUUUGGCAUGAAGAUAUGUGUCCUCAUAAUCUUCUUGGUAUUCCCCUGGAUCGGUCACGUCGGAGACUGGGCGCUUGGCUGGACAGAGGGCAACGAGAAGCUGCAGAUUGUGUUCGUCAUGAUGCUAUUCCCGCUCAUCAUGAAUGGUAUGCAGUAUUACAUCAUCGACAGUUUCAUCAAAGAGCGAACACAAGACGAAGCCGGGGACGCGGGCUCAACGAGACCCGGGUUUGGAUCUCGAGAGAAUUCAUACGAUCGCCUCAGCGAAAGUGGUGAUGAUGACCACGAAGAGGAGCUUGCGGAUAGGGGAAGCAGCCUCGGCCAAGGCAAUCGCACGAAGGGGGGUAUCAAGGCGACACCCCGUGAUCGGGAAUACGACCCCGAGACUGAUGGAGACGAUGAGCGUACCAUAAUAGGGUCCGCAAGCACAUCUGGAAACCAGCAGGGCCAGGCACUGUUAUCAAAAGGCCUUUUGCCACAUGAGUAGUGGCGACGGUGCGGCUUGUUCAGCUUAUCUGUCUACGCCUCAAUUCAUCAUAAUCCUGAUUUUUGUAUGGUGGUCAAGUACAGCGCGCCCUCUUAGCUAAAAGCAGCCGGACGGGGGGUCCAUUAGCUUGGCUAGAUUCAACCUGUUUUUAUCAGGCCCUAUGUACUUAAUUGCGAUUCCCUAUGUUUCCAGUUCCUUGAUUGUCAUCAUCAGUUUGCGUGGCUUAUUUUCAUUUACGACGGUUCUGUUAGGAAAGCAUGUUAGACAGUUUCACAUCCGCAUUAUAUAUCCAUUUGAUAUCCAGC